GCCGGGGCCUAGUCCAACAUCCUUCCCCGCCUUCUCUCUCUUUUUCUUUCGAUCCGCAUCCCGGAGCGAACCGUCACCGCCACCACCACUAAAAGCUAGACUUCUUUCCCCUUUUCGCGGUGUUGUUUGCCUGGCACCGAGUGCGAUGCUGAGGCUGAUCUUCCUGGCCGCCGCGCUCGCCGGCCUCUCCCGAGCCAGCGACGUGCUCGAAUACACCGACGACGACUUUGACAGCGGCAUUCAGGACCAGGAGCUCAUCCUGGUGGAAUUUUAUGCGCCGUGGUGUGGUCACUGCAAACGCCUCGCUCCUGAGUACGAGGCGGCGGCCACGCGCCUGAAAGGGAUUGUCCCCCUGGCUAAGGUUGACUGCACAGCACACAGCAAGACUUGCAGUAAAUACGGAGUCAACGGCUACCCCACCCUGAAGAUCUUCAGGGGUGGAGAAGUUUCUGGGCCCUACGAUGGCCCCAGAUCUGCAGACGGAAUUGUGAGUUUCCUAAAGAAGCAGGCGGGCCCCGCCUCUGUAGCGAUCACCACUGAGGCGGCGUUCGAGGAGUUCAUCGCAGAUAAAGAUGGCAGUGUCGUCGGCUUCUUUGCCGACAACCAAAGCCCUGCGUACGGAGAGUUCCAGAAGGCCGCCAGCGACUUGAGGGAAAACUACCGCUUCGCCCACACCAGCGUCGAGGCGCUUUUCCAGAGCCAAGGCUUGGACGCCGAGGGCGUCAUCCUCUUCCGCCCGCCCAGACUUGGCAACAAGUUUGAAGAUGGCUCGGUCAAAUUCGGCGAGGAGAAAUUCACCAAAAACAAAAUCAAGGCAUUCAUCAAGGACAACGUCUUUGGAAUCUGCCCCCACAUGACGGACGACAACAAAGACCAGCUGAAGGGGAAAGACCUGCUGGUGGCCUACUAUGAUGUGGAUUAUGACAAAAAUCCCAAAGGCUCCAACUACUGGAGGAAUAGGGUGAUGAAGGUGGCUAAGAGCUUCAUUUCCCAGGGCAAGGAGCUCGGCUUCGCCGUUGCCAACAAGCUUUCGUUCAGCCACGACCUGUCAGAGUUUGGCCUGGACGGAGCCCAUGGAGAGCUCCCGCUAGUGGCCUUGCGCACCGUCAAGGGAGACAAAUACGUCAUGACUGAGGAGUUUACUCGCGACGGAAAAGCCCUUGAGAGUUUCCUGCAGGACUACUUCGAUGGCAAACUGAAGCGUUACCUCAAGUCCGAGCCCAUCCCAGAGAACAACGACGGACCUGUCAAGGUGUUGGUGGCUGAGAACUUUGACGCCAUCGUCAAUGACGACGGCAAAGACGUGCUUAUCGAGUUCUACGCACCGUGGUGCGGCCACUGCAAGAGCCUGGAGCCCAAAUACACGGAGCUCGGAGAGAAGCUCGCCAACGAUCCCAACGUGGUCAUCGCCAAGAUGGAUGCCACGGCCAACGACGUGCCGUCGCCUUAUCAAGUCAGCGGGUUCCCAACAAUCUACUUUUCACCAGCCGGCAGUAAGAUGAAGCCAAAGAAGUACGAGGGAGGCCGUGAGGUGAGCGACUUUGUUUCGUACCUGAAGAGGGAGGCGUCCAACCCCUUGGUGAUUGACGAGGAGCCCAAGAAGAAGAAGAAGAAGAAGAGCAGCGACGACGACGACAAGAUUGAGCUAUAAAAAAAAAGUGAGAACGUGACAUCCUCGCUGCGACUUGGGAUUUUUUUUGUUGUUGUUGUUGUUAGGGGAAUCAACAGGAGAGAAGUACAUUAUAUUCCACUGUCUUAGUGAACUAUAACAAUGCGCUGAAGCCAAGUUGAUUGGGUCCUCUGCCAAUACUGUGGAAGGAAGAGAGCUGUUUCUCUUUAGUGAAGAGGGGAACCUUUUUCCGAAAUUUAUGAAAUUUUGUUGGGUUUUUUUAAAGAAAAAAAAGCAUCUUGUCUACGCCACAUCUCUCUCCGGCUCGUGAUGCACUUGGGCCGCACAGCAUUCUGCAUCACCUCUGCCACUCAGUUUCUGUUUUACUUGUCACUUGAGGGGGGGGGGGGGGGUAAUGUUAAUGGUGAAUUCCUUCUUUUUUGUUGUCUGUUUUUGUACAUUUGGAAGGAUUGUGAAAUAAAAAGGACGAUAAAACAAACUGUUUUGUUUAAAGCA